UAAGAAUUUCUUAAUCAUUUCAAAAGGGGCCUUUUGUGGCCAUUUUUGUGAGCUAAGUUUGCCUUUUUCACUCUGCUCCAUCUGGCAACCCUGGCCCCUGCUCGCAGUGCUCAGUGCUCACCAAGAGUCUGGGAGGUGGAGUUGUGAGAAACGUACUCUAGCCGCACACCUACGAAGCUGCUGAACACCAAAUUUGCAUUUUUAAUUUUUGCAUUAAAAAUUUACCCAGAAACUUCGACUUUUAAAUGAAAUUUGCAUAAAAGGCCUAAUUGCAGGAAUUAAUUCUCAUCUUCUUCUUUUCAAUACAAAAAGCUUGGGAGCAGCACUUGUAUUUUGACAUGGCGAGCAAGAGAGACAGUGAGCCUCCAUCUUCACCUCCGCCAUUCAAGCAAAGUAAAAGUGAUGGAGUGUCACCUGUUCCCAAGCUGGUAAUUGCUAAGCCAUCUGCAAUCUUGCGCAUACAGCCUCAGGCUCAGACUACUUUGGAAAGUGGCCGCAAUCAUGGCAAUGAGAACACAUCGGCCGCAUUAGUCAACACUGCAGCUGAUGAUGCUGGCGGCACUGCAGCUUUGUCUGAGUGGCUCCCAGGUAGUGGAGCUGAGCGAUCUGCAGUCAAUGCAGAUCCCUUGCUUGAGCUAACAGGCACGGAGAGUGGCCGCAAUCUUGGCAAUGAGAACACAUCGGCUGCAUUAGUCAACACUGCAGCUGAUGAUGCAGGCGGCACUGCAGCUUUGUCUGAGCGGCUCCCAGGUGGUGGAGCUGAACGAUCUGCAGUCAAUGCAGCUUCCUUGCUUGAGCUGACAGGCAUGGAGAGUGGCCGCAAUCUUGGCAAUGAGAACACAUCGGCGGCAUUAGUCAACACUGCAGCUGAUGAUGCAGGCGGCACAGCAGCUCCGUCUGAGUGGCUCCCAGGUAGUGGAGCUGAACGAUCUGCAGCCAGUGCAGCUCCCUUAGUGGAGAUGACAUCUAGCGGACCAGUGCGGUUGAUUAGCCCAAUUGUGCAUCAAGAGACAUCGAAUCAUCAGUCGGAUAAUAACAACGCUGAUGGAACUGAUAUUUUUAACGUGUUUUCUACUAAUGAUUGCGUGGUGGCUGCUGCUGGGGAGGUUGCCUCAGAAGGCAGCAUUGAAUUGGAUGUGGACAUUGCAGAACAAGCUGAUCCAAACGUUCAGGCUCUGAUGGACUCGUUGCUGACCGACGAGACCCUGGAGCAAAUGCCCCAUGACAGCCUCCUUCUGGAGAAUGAUAUGAUAACUGUUAGUGAGGGCCCAAGAGAGCUGAACCUUGCGCCCGUUAAUGCUGCAGAGGAAGUCAAUAGAGCGUUGAAUAUUUUGGAAAGUGCAGAACACGCUGAUCAAGACUUUCAGGCUAUGAAUGACGCAGUCAUGAACGAUCUGAGGCCGGAGCAAAUGCCGCCCGACCAUCCCCUUCUGGAGAAUGAGAUAAUUAAUGUUACUUGGCGCCCUAGGUCGCCAAGCCCUGAACCCGUAAACCCUGGAGAGCAAUUCUGCAUUUGAUCAGCUACAUGUGUAUGCAAUUGUUAUUUGUUAGUCACUCAACUUCUGAGUGUACUACAUGGUGUUAGGGUACCCACACAGUGAAAGCAGGUUGCCAGCGUGCUGGUUACCU